CUACACGCCAGGUAUCAGCUCCAGCGGAUUCAGCUGCACGCCGGCAAAGUCAAGCAUACCUGAAUCCCACAUAUCAUAUCAUGCCACACACCACACCAUAGGCACACAUCACGAGCAAAAUCCAUGAACACACAUGCAUCUGUUCAUUCGUUUGUUCGACUGUGCUGACCCCAUCCGACGAUUCCGCCGUCCGCUAUUGCACCCAAGUGAACAGUCAGCUCCUGAACCGACCGAGCGCCCGACCUGCGCAAUCAAUCGCACACACCAUCAAUCACAAAGACUCACAAGCACAUGACACUCACUCGGCAUUGCAUACCAGGAGAAGUCGAGGUAGCCGGGGAAUGCGGCAAUGAAGCUGUCGAACAUGCCCGUCCUCACCACACUCAUCACCAGCACCCCCACAAUCAAAAAGUGCAGUAAGGGCUCUAUGAUCAGCUGCAGAAGCGUCUCGAGCGUGCUGCAAUUACAUAAUGCGGGAGGGAGACACUUCGAUCCAAUCCAUGAGGCUGUGAAUGCUGUGAAUGGGUGGCUGUCGUGUUGUGUUGCGUGUCGAUCCGUAGUUCCUACCAGGUGACGAGGAAGUCUCGGUAGACGACUCUCUCGUCAUCAUCGCCUUCGCCGCGGUCGGCCAGCCAGUCGGAGAAGACAAACCUGCACGAGACAUGUGGGUGCAUUCAUGGCGUGUGGGAGUGUGUGUCUCUUGAGGGACCGCCCAGCCAGCCAGCCGGGCUUGGCUUACAUGAGUAGGAAGUACACGCAGAAGGAGCACCACAGGGCCGCCAGCACAUAUCCACACCGAUCUCGCAACCGCCAUAUCGACAGCCAUCGCAGCUUCUGCAUCAGCAGAGAGUGCAUCGAAACAGUCGGUCGACAGUGCAUCAAAACAGUCGGUCGACACACAAAAAGUCUUUCGCCAGUUUGUCUGUCUCUGUGUCUCCUCCUCUCUCCGUCUGUCCGUCACCUGCUGCAUGGGGAACAGCCCGCUGUGUUUGCCCAGCACGGCGGUGUCAAGCGAGCCUUUGGCUUUGGACGUGAAGUUGGCCGAUUGAUGCCGUCGAUCGCCACCCGUCCCUCCCAGCCCUGUUCCUGGUCGGAUGGCUCCGGCGUGAGCGGGGUAGAUGCACGGGGUGCCCUUGCGGAACAGGAAGUAGAGAGUAAGCGGAAUCGGCUUGAUACCAGAAUCACACACACACCAUGUCAU